AUGCAAAAGAACGCGUACCCCUUCUGCGGCACGAUCAUCCACAAAGAAGAUUUGCCCAACUACCAGGUCAGCUACCGCUGGCACUUGACGAAUCCAGUGCACUUCAACCGACGCAUCAAGGUCACUCUGGAAUCCGGGCAUGCGAAUCACCUGCGCGACGACUGGAACACCACUGCGUACUGGUACCAGGCGCUGCCCGGGCCUCCGCUCGAGAUCCUGCUGGUGGAGGAGCGCAUCCCGCGCAAGCCGCAGUUCCCACCGUCGAACGACGUGCCGGAGCCCGAUGUCACCAUGCUGAGCGCUGAAAAACAGGCCCUGGUGAAGCAGCGCGAUGAGCGGAUGGAGGCGUUCGUGAAGGAUCACAAUGAGUGGCUAGAGCGAAGGGCGCAUGACUCGCAGGAGCGCGCAUGCAACAAUGUUGAGAUUUGCAAGGACAUCCGGCACCGUUUCCUGCAGGGUUUAAAGUGA